CAAAUCAGCUUCUGUAUCCGGAAGUGAAGGGUCCCGUGAUGUCAGCUAUCCCAACAUAGCUUCGCUGCCUUCGCUCGUAAAAAACUGACUCUUCGUCUCCUUUCAGUCCACAACGGAGGAGGAUAUUCCUUUUGCCGGUAGGCGAACAAUGUGGGACCUUUUUUUUUUUUUUUUUUUUGUCACUUUUCCUACAAGCGAGUGAAAGCGCUCACAUGACAUGAGGGGUUAGCCUUCCAAGCUAACUGGCUAGCAGCCACUUUCCACCGCCGUCAUGUCUCGCUUUGUGUUGCAGCAGCUGCCGGAUUUUGUGGAUUCUAACAACCAAAGUCAGACUUUGAACGCCGCCGAUGACGUCCGCCUGAGCCCCGAUGGACGUCACGUUCACGUCAUCCUCCGCGAGCCGAAGGUUAGUCUUGUGACUCUGGACAAGUAUGACAGACCUCAGCUGGUCCAGAACCAGAGGAGGUUGGCUUUGAGUCCGACAAGACUUGUGCCUAUUGUUGAUGUUUUAUAUUUGGACAAUAAUGACAAAUUGGACUUUGUGUCGGCCGCUGUGGUUUAUGAGAAUGGAAAAGCGGAGUUUUGGAAGUUCCAUGAGGGCGAAGGAGGCUGGAGUCUCCUGCAGACAUCCGACUUGUGCAACAGUCCCCGGGCCAAAGUGGUGUCGGUGUGCGCCUGCUCGGACCUCAUCGUCUGGUGUGAGGAGCGGCCGCCCUCGGAGAGUUCCCCCGGGCUCGCCUCCGCCAGGUUGAGGCAUUGUGUCUGCAGGCGGGACUACCAGCUGCAAAAGGGGUCUGUCAUCCUAGGAGGGGUGAGGAUCUCCCUCCACAACAACCCGAAGUUCACCGUGAUGACCUCAGGGGAAUACGUGCACCUCCUUCCCGCCUCUCUGGGAAAAUUCUUCCUGUCCUGGUGCCCUCGACGGGACUCCUUCCGGAUCGGCGCCACGUGCAGAGCCACCCCCGUCAAAAAGGACUCCGCCACGGAGUGCGAUUUCCGCAAGCUGAUCGCAGACUGUUUAGGGUAUCUGUCGGCGCUCGACGCGCCCGAGAUCUGUGACGUCUCCCCUGCGGCUUGUGGAGGUCUGCUGAUGCUCCUGGACACGGGCUGGGUGUGUCUCCUGCAGAAGGACGGGACGCUGCGACGCGUACACAAGCUGGCGGCGAACGACCGGACGCGGACCAGCAUCUGCACAUUCGAGGACACGUUGCUGAUUCUAGCGGGUCAAAACCUGCAUCUUCUAGACUUGGAGUCUGGGAGGGAGCUGGAAACCAUAACACUAAAAAGUGAGGGGGUUUUGUUUGCUAAUCAGGCUGACGGACCGCCUCACUUGUUCUCAAAAAGUGGACUUUAUAAAGUGUCACGACAGGACCUAAAAGUGAAGUCCGCGGCGGAGAACAUCCGCCCCGGCGCUCUCCUGGUGGAGGCCGUGUUCGAGGAGGCCUGCAAGUACUACCAGCAGAGGAGCUUGAGUCGCACCCGGCUGACUGUGGACGCGCUGAAGAAAGGAGGCAAGUUCCAAGCUCCCAUGUCUUUAGCCUCCAUCCUCAGGGACUUCCUCAGCUCGGGACCCAAGCAGAAAGUGACGGGACGUCGCAAAAUGGGGGAUUGCGCGGCGGGACAAGACAAGCUGCAAGUCUCCCUGGAGCCUGAGCUGAAGGCCCUGGUCGCCGUGGAGGAGCUGAAGGGGAGUUUGGUCAGAGGCACUGAGGACGAGGUGGAGGCUCUUUGCGAGAGUUUGGUGGAGAAGGAAGUGAGCCGGCUGCUGUCCACUUCUGAGCUGGAUCACGACGAGCUGCUCUACCUCAACUCCAUCUUUAACCUUUUCCCCUGCCAGGCGUGGAGGGCGGCCCAAGCUGCUCUCCAGCUGCACUGCAACGGGGAGGCCUCCCUGUCCAGCCGCGCCCCUCCAGAUGUGUGGAAAAGCGUCCUCAGUCCGCCCCCGAGCGUGCCGGCCUCGUUGGCGGUGGCGAACGGCAGCUCCAAACACAGGUACAGCCCGGCCAAAGCGGACCACAACGCAAACUGCACGUCCAAAUCCACCAGCGCCACCCUGCCCGUCUUUGAGCUUCUCUGCCAUUCAGUUUUACGCUUCCAGCCCGCCUGGCUGCCCAGGUUCCUGGAGCUGGGCCAGCAGCAGCAGGGCUCGGCCGGGCUGGGCCUGAGCCUGGCCGCCUCCUCCUGGAGCGAGAACAACGUGCCGCUCUACAAGCGCGCCCUGGCCGUCCUGUCCUCUGCGCGGAAGGAGAGAGACCAGCCCCAGGACCUGGAGGUGGAAUUGCUGAUGGCCAGCGGGCGGCCCAACGCCAUCCUGCAGGCGCUGAGGAUCCUGAUCGGGCGGCAGCAGUGGGAGCGGGUCACCCAAAUGGCUCAGAAGUUCUGCAAGCAGAGCCCACUGCUCAAUAAAGAGAUCUUCACCACGCUGCUGUGUGAGGUGGCCCAGCACCGAGACCUGGACCCUUACCUGGACCUGCUGUGGGCCCUCUGCCCCGAGGACCUCACCGUCACCACCAUUCUGAACCUGGUGCUGAAAAACCUCCCUCCGCCCAGCGCCCCCCAUCCCCUCCCCAUGUCCCUCACGUCCAGCCCCUCCCCUGCUCCCUUCGCCGACCCCCAGAGUGGUCACCUGACCAUCGGGCUCCUCAAACCCUUGCUGAGGAAAGUUCUGCAGAGGGAAACCAAACCGAGCCAGCGUUACGCCGACAUCCUCCAGUCGCCCUCCUUCCCGCCCCCGGCCCCGCCCCGCUUGCCCACGGAAUAUUCCGGAACAGGCUCCCCUGAUGGUUCCUCCACCUGCUGACUUGAUGAGACUCCGUGACGUCCGCACACAGGAUGCUCUCCACGGAGUCCACAACCCCAGCAAUGGACCCACAGCGGCCCAACUCCUCGGUCAACUGAAGACAACACAGGGAGGAAAAAGUCAAACGAGAACAUAAAACAACAUCCAGUUUGAUAAUCAUUCAAAAGUUAUUACCAUUGUUUUGGCCUUUUUUACAAAUUCUCUGAAGGGACUCAGCUGGCAGUUCAAAAACGUUAUAGUCUCCUGAGAAAAAAAGACAAGAAAAAUGGCAAAUAUUCCUGAUUUGAAAAAAUGGAAAUCCUGAGCAAUGAGUGGAAUGUCUCAACUUUUGAAUUCUGGGUAAAUCCUCAAGCAGCAAAAGCAUUGUCAUGCUCUGUUUAGUAUUAUUAGUGAAGUGAAUUAUAUUUAUAUAGCGCUUUUUUCUCUAGUGACUCAAAGCGCUUUACAUAGUGAAACCCAAUAUCUAAGUUACAUUUAAACCAGUGUGGGUGGCACUGGGAGCAGGCGGGUAAAGUGUCUUGCCCAAGGACACAACGGCAGUGACUAGGUUGGCAGAAGCGGGAAUCGAACCUGCAACCCUCAAGUUGCCGGCACGGCCGCUCUACCAACCGAGUUAUGCCGCCCCUUAAUUAUAUUUUUAUAUAAUUCAAUGCAUGGGCUGGUUUGCAUUCACACCUUUGUACAACAAUGUAUACAUUCUCAAAAGUAACGAAUCGUUACAUUGCAAGAAAAAUAAGAAAUUACCAUUUUAAUGUUGAUAAUUACAAGAAUAAAGUUGUACUAUGAUGAGCAAAAAACAUACCGUAUUUUCCGGACCAUAGGGCGCACCGGAUUAUAAGGCGCACUGCCGAUGAGCGGGUCUAGUCAGGGCUAUUUUUUUAUGAGGCGCAUUAAAAGUGGGUCAUAUUAUUUUAUUUUUUUUCUAAAUUGAAUACACUUCCUUGUGGUCUACAUGACAUGUAAUGGUGGUUCUUUGGUCAACAUUUUGUAUGGAUGAGGUUUUACAGAUCCAUCUUCAAGCUGCUUUCUUCAGGAUGUGCCGUUGUGUGGGCAGUCCUAUUAUGUGGUUCACUUUUGGCAGCUUCUUCUCCCCGUCCUCUUUGUUCUAGCGGUGUAGCGUGCAAGGACGAGAGUGGAAGAAGUGUCAAAAGAUGGAGCUAACUGUGUUAAUGACAUUCAGACUUUACUUAAAUCAAUAACGGAGCAUCAUCUCCCCAACCGUGGCUCACCAGUGCAACAACAACACUAGAAAUGUGUUUCGUGAAAAACCGUCAGACCGAAACUCUUUAAUACUGUAACUAAAGUUCCUCAGGUGUAUAAUGUAAACUCACUAUACCGGUAUGUUUUAGCGCUUUACCAUGAAUUGAUUUACGUGGCCCCCAAAUUAAAUAAGUUGUAAAACUUAUUUGGGUGUUGUACGGAAUAUGUACUGUACUGUGCAAUCUACUAAUAAAAGUUUCAAUCAAUCAAGCAAUUGACUUAUGGCGAGUUUACUGACAGAUAUAAGUAAGAACUUUACACUACUUUAUAUUAGAAAUGGCAACAGCAGAGGAUGAAUCUCCCAUAACAAGAAGAUAGAAAAAAAGAAGAAGUAUAUCGACUAUGGAGUUUUCACGGACUACAAAGGCGGAGGCGCACAAAUUUUCAGGACUUACACAGAUCCCAAAUACAGAUCAGCAGGUACCAAAAGGUAAGAAUAGUUGCUUUUGCACAAAAUUGCGAAACAAAAUACUAGAUAAUAUGUCUUACCUGAUAUACACACCAUAAUAAUACUCUUAUGUUGAAGCACAGUACCACUAAUCAAGCGGCGCGGCUUCAUAGUUUACCAAAGUUGUACUAAAACCUUUUGAUAGAUUUCUGAGCACCAUGUGUAAUAAACUAUAUUUGUAAUGGAACACAUAAAAUGUUGGUGGUGUUUACUACUUGUCUUAUUGCAAUCUACACUUAUCUCUUAUGUGUGACUGCCAUCUACUGGUCACACUUAUGAUUUCACGAUGUACCAAAUAAAAAAGCUUCGAGGUUGGUAAGCACAACCAAAAUUAUUUCGUACAUUAGACGCACCGGAUUAUAAGGCGCACCGUCGAAAUUUGAGAAAAUGAAAGGAUUGUAAGUGCGCCUUAUAGUCCAAAAAUUAGGUAAGUUUGACAAGUUCCUUUACAUUCAAAAGCCAGCAUCUGUGAUGGUAUGGGAGUGUCUCGCAUCGAAAAUGUGUGGCACAUUAUGAAGCGUAAAAUACGACAACAAGACUGUUGAACGACUGAAGCUCUACAUAAAACAAGAAUGGGAAGGAAUUCCACUUUCAAAGCUUCAACAAUUAGUUUCCUCAGUUCCCAAACGUUUAUUGAGUGUUGUUAAAAGAAAAGGUGAUGUAACACAGUGGUGAACAUGCCCUUUCCCAACUACUUUGGCACGUGUUGCAGCCAUGAAAUUCUAAGUUAAUUAUUAUUUGCAAAAAAAAAUAAAGUUUAUGAGUUUGAACAUCUUGUCUUUGUAGUGCAUCCAAUUGAAUAUGGGUUGAAAAGGACUUGCAAAUCAUUUUAUUCCGUUUAUAUUUACAUCUAACACAAUUUCCCAACUCAUAUGGAAACGGGGUUUGUAUAACAAGAACACCAGCGCCUAGCUUUUGUUACAUUACUGUUUUGAAAGAGCUUUUUUUUAUGUCUAUAUUUUUCACAAUUACAAAUGAUAUUGCUCAUCGGCCCCAGGAAUUAGUCUGCUGUUCAUGCUUGUCACUUACUGGCAUCUUGUACACGUGCCCAGAGGGCAUGCACACACAAAAGCGGCAUGUAAUGACGUAAUUACGUAUGUAAAAUGUGCACAUGCAUUAGCUCUGUGUGUUGUUGGCUAAUGAUAGCAAAUAGGAUGGUUAAUUUCAGCCUUUAUUGAAUGUAAUUUCUAUCAUAACAACAUGCCUGUAAAUUCUUAAUUGCUUCUUUGGAACUGCUUUUGUACAAGACAGUGGUGAAAGACAAGCCUGAAUGCCAAACAAAUUCCUCGGGCCGAAAAGCAACUAAUAUUCAAAAUAAUUACGUAAUUGUGGAAAAAUAUGGACAUUUAAAAAAAAAAGUAUAUGUUCUGUUAAACCACUAAUGGUCACCUUAGUGAAUUAUAUUUAUAUAGCGCUUUUCUGU